GAUUUUAAAUAUGGCGGCUGCGGCGAGUGAGUUUGAGCCGUGGUUAACUGAUAAAUUAAAAUCUCUUAAAACUGAUGAAGGUGUAUUUGGGUCAUACAUUUCAGGAAUUCUUGAAAGCGAGGAAAGCACCGAUGAAAAAAAGGAUGCAUUGGAAGGCAUAUUGUCCGAAAUUGUGGAAAGAGACAUAUCAAUUCAUGUAAAUGAAAUAAUAGACAAAUGGGAAUCAUGUAAACCAAAGGAGGAGGCUGCGAAGCCAGCGGCAGAUGUUGAUGCACAGUUAGUUAAGUUGCUUGAAUCACAGGCACCUGCUACGACUACUCGCCGAGAAUAUACCGACGAGGAGAAGAAGAUCAGAGAAGCUAUAUUGUCCCAAUAUAGCCAGCUCUCUGAUAAUGAGGAAGACGAAGUAAAUGAUGUAGUGACGGAAAAUCAUGAUUUAGUUAAAAAUACGAAUGCUGCUGAUGUAGCAGCAGCAGCUCGGGAACGUCGUGAACAUGCUCGUUUAGAAGCUCAGCGAAAAAAAGAAAAGGAUAAAGAGGACCGGGAGAAACAAAAACAAUUAAAAGAGGAGAAAAAAGAAAAACGUAAAACACAAAAGGGUGAGAGAAAGAGGUAGCAAUCUAAAUAUUGUAAAUGAGCAAUAUGCUCAAAUAACUUUAAUAUUAGUAAAACUAAAAAAUCCUGUGAAUCUUGAGAAAAUUCCUCAUGUUUUUGGUAAAUUUUAGUAGUAACCAAUUUAUUAAUUUGCAUAUAUAAAAGUGUUAUAUUGAAAUGAAAAAAAAGAUGUAAAUAUCAGAUGCAGGAUAGUUAAAAUGUUUAUAUUGUCUAUAAAAUUGAAACUCUAGCCUGAUCAUUUAACUUCAUCUCCUUUUCAAGCUGGGCUGUUCAUAUAAUUGUAAACAAAAUUGGUAUAAUCAGACUAUAUUUUAUAUCAAUCAUGUAUAGCUAGUCAUUCGGUAUAAUAGAAUACAAGCAAGAAAUCCUGACAUGUUUAUUUUUGAAAGGUAGUAGUUUAACACUCUCCACUCCAAUUUGAACCUAGUUGUAAAUAUACCUAAUUACAAACUAACUUGACAAUGUUAUAUGAUAAUGGUGGAACUUAUGUAUUUCCUUACAUUAUAGUGCUGGCUAGGUUUAUUAAAUUAAAAAUUUUUAGAUCAAGGGACCUUUAUGAAAUUAUACCCCUCUGCAAUUUGUAUGAUGCAAUUGAAUUUCGUAUAAUUGCAGACAGUAUAAAAAGACAUUAUUAUACUUUUACAAGCCCCAAGCAACAGAUCUUUGUGAGGUUUUUUCCCCUGGUUGGGUAACUGUUGUGUGAAGUAUCUGAACUUUAAUCAUCUCUGAAGUCAGAAUGGGAGUAAGGGGGUGGGGGGUUGUACUGUUUUUAACUUAAACUUUAUAUACAUCAUUCUCAUUUAUUAACAUUGCCUUCUUGUUUGUGUUUAUCAAUGGCAUUGACAAAUAUUUUACAAAGUUCACCCACUAUUUAUGGAGUUUAUUUAGUCAUUCAGAUUUAGUCCAGUAUGAGCUUGUAAAUCUUUCAUGUUAAAUUGAAAGGAGUUGCAGGUAGACUAUCAGGCAGGGUAUUGUAAGUUUUAUACAUUUUGAGCUUUUAAUUUAAUGUUUCUUUUAAUAAGAAUAAUAUGAUUUGCUUUUUAGAUAGUUAAUAAAGAAUUUUGUUAUCUCAAAAUGGGCUUUGAAGGUUAUUUAAAAUGAUUAUCUUAUUCUCUUUUCAUAUGAUUUUUAUGUUAAAUAUUUUGAAGGUAUUUAUUUUGACCAUUGUUAAUGAAAUCAUCAAUGUUACUAUCUUAAUUUACCAUAAAAUAAAUAAUCAUAAUACCAUACCAUACCAUAGAAAGAAAUAAUCUUUAAUCCAGGAUUACAUUUUGAAGAAUAAUAGAUCAUCAUGCCAAGGCAUAUUAUUAUUGUAUAUAUUUGUCUGUUAUUAUGAAAUCCAUAGAAUGACCAAAAAAAUUAUUUAAGCCCCCAUAUGUCAGUAGUUUUAAGUGAGUUAGUGACUGAGCCUGGCCCUUGACAUUAAGACCCAUUUUUAUUGAUAAAAAUACUAACUAGCUAUAAAUACUUCUUAAUAUUUAUACCUACAUCAAAUUCAUAUAGUUAUUUGCUAUACCUAGUUAAAGGUGAUCGCACAUAUUUCCGCACCGUAAGCGCCGUAAUCCUGGAAAUGCGACGCGUACGGUGCUGACAUAAUAUGUGCAAUCGCCUUAAUAGAAAAAGAAAAUAAAUAAAAUGCAAUAUCAAAAUUAAUACUGUUCAUUUCAAUGUAAUGUUAUGGUACACAUGGGCGGUCUCUUAACUUAAAACUAAAUUUAACGUCAGUCUCCCUUUUUCAUUCUGUAUACAGAAUGACAAAGAUACACUUGUCAAAUUAAAUUUUAGGUUUAGAGAAUCAUGCCAGAAUCGACUCUAAUGAGAAUUUUUUGCUCCUUGUAAAUUAUUUAUAUUUUAUUUUAAUGCAUUUCUUAGGAUUUCACCAUACACUGAGUAGCAAUAAUUGAAUGAGGAAGUAUUGAGUUCUUUUUACUUAUUGACGCCAAGCAAGAGUACUAACUUAAAAAAAAGUACGAUUAUGUUAGUACAUUACCAAACAAUGUUUUUAUAUUUAUUAUUUUGAGAGUAUCCAAAUCAUGCAGAAGAUUUGUUAGCUAAUAUCUAGAUGAGGUAACAGUUAAAUGCCAUAGUAAACUUCCUGUAUUGCCUACCCAUUAAUUUAUGUUUGUUUUAAUUGUAUAUUAUUGACGAUGAUUUUCUGCAUAAGACGAGAACAUCUUUUUGAAAAUUAUGAGUUUACAUAACUGAUAUGUAAGUAAAUCAACAAUAAAUCUGCUUUGGAAUAAAAUUCUCAUAUAAUAACAUUUACCUGUUUGCAUUCUGCUAUUAUGGUGUUAACCACAUGGAAUGCAUGACAAUGAAUAUUUGUUCCUGUCGCUACUUCUGAAGUGGUAUGAGGUGAAAUUACCUAACUAUUUUUCUUACUAAUUAAGUAUUUCCAAUACAGUAUUCUUACCCUCUAUAUGAUUUACACAGACUUGUGUGUUGAAUAAUUUUUAACUAUGAAUUUCACCUCUUACUAUGGAACUAGUCUUAGAGAUUUUUGUAUAUUACAGAAACAUUUAACAACUAAUAAAAUAAGAAGUAGAUUAAUUAGUCUGUUAAAACCUAGAAUUAAAUAUUUUAUAUGUGAAAAGUA